GGUUCUGCGCACAUAUCAUAACAGGCCGGAUUGUAAAUCGAUGGAGGGAGAAAGAUGUUCAGAAAGUUAGACAGAUAUUUGAAUAUUUUCAGCUAUUAGAGUGACUAUUGCAUAUCUAAUUCAGUAGCAUAAAUAGAAAAGAAGCAUUGCAGAAGAGUAUUGAAACAUUUGGCACAUUUGACAAAGUCCUCAGAAUGAAUUGCUACCAGAAAUUCUACACUAACCAGAUACAUUCCAGUUCCUUACUAUGUCAGCUGGCCACCAUGUGGAAGAGCCAGGUGCUAUGUGAUGCUGUAAUCAGAACUGGGUCAGUCGUUACAAAGGCUCACAGAGUUGUUUUAGUUGCUGCUUGCCCUAUGCUGCAGUCAAUGGAUAAUGCCUCAAUGGGUUCUCACUUGGAAGUUCGCUUAGCAGCCGACAUAAAACAAGAUUCCAUUAAUACGUUCCUACAAUAUUUGUACGAGGGAUUCAUGAUGCUGACAGAAGAAAAUUGUCGAGAUGUAGAGAAAAUAGCUCGACUCCUACAGGUGGACAGUGUCAUCAAGUGUUGUGCUGACUUUCAGAAGUGUCUUAAUGUUGCAACAGGUACCCCUGUACCAAUGGAUAGCCAAUACAAAUACACAUCUUAUGAUAUGCUUGAAUUCCGUCAUGUCCGAUCAUCGGGUUUGCAAAAGAGUGUUAACAUGAAAAGAAUGUCAAAUUUCCCCCGUCCCCCAAGUCCAGGCAGCAAGAGGCAGAGAUUGGGUAGACCUUCUAGUCCACAUAUUGAUUCACAUUCCUCUAGUCACAGAGCUGACGACACAUUAUCCAUGGCCCAUAGUUACCGUUCAAACCAGCCUGAUCCAUGGGAGAGAGUUCCACGUCUUGGGUCAGGCACACGACUUCCUACACAGCCAGGAGUCAUUGAUAUAGUAGAAGACUGCCUAGAAAUCAUUCAGACAGAAGAACCUGAGAAGGAUGCUAGAGGUAACACUAAGCCAGAUUCCAGACCAAAGCAAAAAUCUGUCUCCAUCGGGGUGUCCAGCCAAAUGAACACUGCCACUGAUGUACAUGUUGUGAACGUUACUGAUUCAGGUGGUUCUGUUGGACCGCCAAAGCAGGCCACCACUAAUGGUUCCCGUGGUUCCAUUACAGUUAAUCCUCUCGCUAUGUUCAAUGAUCCUCCCUCUUCACAAGGAGGCCAGAGGCCUGUAGACAGCUCAAAUGAUGUCCAAUUUUCACCAAGAUCAAAUGAGUCAGAAACAACAAGAAAAGAAAAUUUUGUUCAUGCCAUGACACCUCCUCAACAGCCAGUAUUCCCUACAAUGACCCCCCUCUCCAGAACUAGUAAUAAACCAUUUGCUGCAGGAAGUGCCACACAGGUUCCCACACCUGAGAGUGGUGCUAAGAGCCAUGGGGAGAGUGAAGAAGGAGAUCAAGUGCAAGAGCCAGGGAACAAGGUUGAAUCUGAGGAACUAUCUCCAGCUUCCUCUGCUGAUAAAGCCCCGGAUAUUAGUAUAGUGAAAGUGGAAACUGGGGACGGACCCACAGGUGGUCUGGAUAUGUAUGUGGACAUGCAUGAAGAUGGAAUGAUACGAACAAAAGUUGGAAUGGAGGAUGGCAUGGAAAAUGAAGAGGAAAGUGACCCUGAACAUGAUCAAUCCCAAGAACUUCGAGACGACAUCUCCAAUGAGGCUAGCAAUGUUAGUGGGGAUCAGAACAACUCGUGGUACAUAGGACAAUUUAAGGAGUGGCUUUUUCACAAUGGGUACAGCACAGACUUUGAAAUGGUUGACGCAUCCAAGUUAGAUAACAUUUUGUGUCACUUUUACGGAGACACUGCGUCCAUUUCCAAGUAUCCUCUGGGGAUGUUUCCGACUGUGUUGACACUUCACCUCAGCUCUUCACCGUUUUAUCGCAACAUCGAUGUCGAAAAUGACGCGGAAUUCAGAUCAUCAAAUAGUAUGAUUAACAGUGUUCCGGUUUAUCUUGACGAUGCUGAAAGAAUGGAAGUUGGCACUUCAAACAAUUCCAUUACUUUCUCCGAUUUGAAGAAAGUGUAUGCGUCGCCAGAGUUGGGAUUGAAUGAUCGCCAUACAUUGCAGAACAAAGUAUGGCUUGAUAUCAAUUUAUAUUUUGGAGGCUUUACGCGUCAGUUACUGCGAAAUAUGUCGAAGAAAACGUUUCAUUGCUGUACAGAUCUGAACACGGGAAGAAAAUACUACAAGAUACAAGACCCAAGAGUCGCUCUACAGAUGACUGCUAGAAUGUACGAACAGACGGGAAAUCCCCUUUGUCCUGUUUACUCGUUUGAGUUAUAUUUAUCAAAACUCCACCCAGAAUCUCACGUUUUCUUUCAGCAACCAACAAGUUAUGAGGAAUUUCAUAAAACAGGUUGUUGGUAUUCAUGCAACCCAAUUGGCAAGAAUAAUCAGAGCCGAAAAUUAACAAAUAUCUGUCGAAGUGUAGGGAUUAGACUAAAUUUUCGCAACACAUCAAUUCGACAUCUUUGCAAAAUGAUUCGAGACAGAAGCCCCGAAUAUACACCCUCGUAUAGUGAUAGGCUGUUUCACAUUCUGACUACUAGUGACUUGGAUCCAGUUCUGAAAUCAUGAUUCGUCUUGCAGACACUACGGUGUAUAUAUAGACUGUUUCUUCCAAUACAAUACCGAUCCAGUCAGGUGCUACCUUGAUAUUGGCAUGUCAGCACAAGGAUCAUUUUGUUGUUGUGUUUCUUUGUUUCCUCUAUUUAUGCCCCCCCCCCCCCCCCCCCCCGAAAUAUGGUGCAUAUUGUUUUGCACCUGUCGAUUGUUCUGUAGAUUAAGUCUUGUCCGCUCAAUAUCUUAAUAACUCUUUGCCUGACAGACAUUAAACUUGGUACAUUGGUACAUCUUGAGGAGAAGAUGACUCUUAUUGAUUUGAGGUCACAUGGUCGAGGGUCAAUCCUUCUGGACAUUGGAAUAUACUUAUACUGUCUGCUCAAUAUCUUGAGAACCCUUUCCUUGACAGACAUCAAACUCGGUACAUCGUAAGGAGUAGAUGAACCCUAUUGAUUUUGGGAUCGCAUGGUCAAAGGUCAGGGUCAAACUAGACAUAUUAAUACAUUAUCUUCUGUGUAUUUUGCUUGACAGACCUCAGUCUUGGUAAACUGGUACAUCCUAAGGAAUUGAUGGCCCCUAUUGAUUUGGAAAUCGCAUGGUCAAGUUUCAAUCCACUUUGGACAUAGGAAGAUAUUGUCCGCUCAAUAUCUUGAGAACCCUUUCCUUGACAGACAUCAAAUUUAGUACACUGGUACAUCAUAAGGAGUAGAUAAAGUGGGGGAUCAAACUGGACAAUGAUAUAUUGUCUCCCCUCUAUGUUUUGAGAAACAUUUGCUUGAUCGACACCAAACUUUGUACAUCCUAAGGAGAAGAUGACCCCUAUUGAUUUUGAGGUCACAUGGUCAAGGGUCAAUCCACUCUGGACAUAGGAAGAUAUUGUCUGCUCAAUAUCUUGAAUUGUUUUGACACUACUGUCAAUCAAAUGAUACUUUGUGGCAAUCUGUUUAAAACCAGAUCUUCAAUCCGCUCCUUUAUUGGCCAUGUCGUGUAGAAGCGACAUGGCUCAUAGAGGAGCGGAUUGAAGAUCUGGUUUUAAUCAGAUUGACUUUGUGGGUAACCCUUUUAAAUUUUGCACCAUGGAGGGCAUACAUGUUUCUGAAACAUUUGUUGUUAUGCAAGGUAACCUUUUAUUUCAAGAUUAACCUAAUCAAGGUUUUUAAUGUAUAAAAGAUGCUACCUUGAUUCUGGCAUGUUAGAUUUUACUGUUGUGUUUCUUUGUCAUUUAUUUAUAUGCAAAGUUAAUCUUUUUGAUUAACUGAAUCAAGGUUGUUAAUGUAUAAAAUGUUUAGCAUGGGUC